AUGUAUGUGAAAGAGUACCGGGUAGCAUGGCUGUCUGAGGGCCAAAAAACUCAACCAGCCACUCGGGUUCAUCAUUGGACCCCUCCCCCUCAAGGUAUGUAUAAGGUAAACGUGGAUGCUGUUGUGUUUAAGGAGCAGAGGUGCUGUGGAAUUGGUGUGGUAAUUAGGAAUGAGAAAGGCCAGAUGAUGGGUGCACUUUGUAAGAAGAUAAAUCUGCCUUGGGGUGCCUUAGAGGCCGAAGCAAAAGUUGCUGAAAUUGGUAUUCUCUUCGCUUGGGACUUGGGUUUGAAGGAGGUAGUGGUGGAAGGGGACUCUCAAUUAGUGAUGGAAGCACUUAAAGGGAAUAUUGUUCCUGCUUUGGCUAUCCAAAAGAUUGUUGAAGGCUCUAGGUGGUGUUUAAGUCAUUUCAAGGCGUGGAGGGUUGAGCACGUUAGGAGAAACAUCAAUGGGGCUGCACACUCUCUUACUAGGAAUGCCUUGUUUGUUGUGGAUUGUAAUAUAUGGGUGGAGGAUACUCCCCCUAUUAUUGAACUCCAAAUUCAAAAUGAUGUAAUUGCAAUGGACUUUGGUCCUUAUCAAUGA